CUAAAUUAAUUUAUUGUCUAAUAGCUAGACUUUUAUUAUAAACUGAAUCAUAUUUAUGCCACGCCACCUUUUACUUUUAGACCAUCUCUAAUAAACUUGACAGUAGCACGACGCAUGACUCAUGACAGAUACACAACAAAAGGGGAAGGGGCAGAAAAUCUGUUUAUAUGUUUUGUGAGAAAAACAUAUCGCAUACGGAUACCGUCAAGCGAGUGUUGUUUGGGAAGCAAUUUUAAACAAAAUUUCUCUGAUUUUGCACUAACUCGAACGUGUGGAUAUGGCUCAAAGGUUUCCGGGACCUGUCCCUAGUCCAGGGGGCCCGAGUGGCCCGCCUCCACAACGCUACCAGCAGGCUCAAAACCCUCAGAUGCGGCAAUAUGGACAACAAAAUUUUCCGGUUAAUAUAUACUUCCGUAGUUUGUAGGGCAUGAAAAUAUAUCGGAAUGGACAAAAAUAAUUUAGAGGAUCACUAAGAUAGAGAGUUGAACGGGUUAUCUCAAACUAAUGCUAUCUACCUGUAUACACACACAAUGGACAAACUGUUUUAUUGUCUGCACUUUACUGUGCUAUAGCUUCCAGGCAAAAAUGCAUGGGUUGUAUAAAAAGCUUUAAAAAUACCUCUUGCCUUACUCAUUUACUAUGGAUGCUAUAGUCAGCAUAAAUUCAUUGUCUAAGAAUUCUGCCUGUACAGCACGUUUCAGUACUCAGUAGCUGUGUCAGUUUUAAUAUAGAAUCAGUUUCUCUGAAACAGUAUUUCAUCAUAGCUAUGUUGUCUCCAUACAGACGCUAUUUACUGUGGAAAAAACGACAUGCACAGCAGCAACAAAGACCAGGUACCUACACCACCCCACCUACUGGUGGCCCCACAAACAUGCCUUCCAGUGGUGGCACAAUGAUUCAGCGGCCUCAAGGAGCCCCAUAUGGUUCACCAAUGCGUGGAGGUCCUAUGGGGCCUCAGCAGUCAGGGGCAGGCACUAAGAGACCUGCUGAUCAGAGAGGAGGAGCAAUGCAACAGAAAGCUGAUUACCCGCACGGAGGUGCUACAGGAGCCGGCAGUGGCUCAGGCACUGGCGGCAGCGGCUCUGGCACCACUAGCAAGAAGAAGAAGAAACUAUCCGACAAGAUCCUACCUCAGAAAGUGCGCGACUUGGUUCCCGAGAGCCAAGCGUACAUGGACCUCCUUGCUUUUGAAAGAAAACUCGACUCGACCAUUAUGCGCAAGAGGUUGGAUAUUCAGGAGGCGCUGAAAAGACCUAUGAAGCAGAAGAGGAAAUUGAGAAUUUUCAUUUCUAACACGUUCUAUCCGGCUAAGGAACCGCAACCAGAUGGUCCUGACGGCCCAUGUCAAGAAGGUUCAGUGGCGUCCUGGGAACUCCGCGUGGAAGGCCGCCUAUUAGAUGAUCAAAAAAACGAUCCUAACAAAGUGAAACGCAAGUUUUCAUCAUUCUUCAAAUCGCUGGUUAUAGAACUAGACAAGGACCUCUAUGGACCUGACAAUCAUCUGGUGGAAUGGCAUAGAACGUUGUCUACACAAGAAACUGAUGGAUUCCAGGUGAAACGUCCCGGUGACAAAAACGUUCGCUGUACGAUCCUGUUGUUGUUGGAUUACCAGCCUUUGCAGUUCAAACUGGAUCCCAGAUUGGCCAGAUUGUUAGGAGUCCAUACUCAAACUAGACCAGUGAUCAUUUCUGCACUUUGGCAGUAUAUCAAGACACAUAAACUGCAAGACGCCCACGAACGUGAAUAUAUCGUCUGCGACAAAUACCUGGAGCAGAUCUUCGGUUGCGCCAGAAUGAAGUUCGCAGAGAUCCCGCAACGUUUGAACCCCUUGCUGCACGCCCCUGACCCUAUUGUCAUCAAUCACGUGAUUUCGGUGGAGGGGGGAGGUGCUGAAGCUAAGCAGACAGCUUGUUAUGACAUUGAUGUUGAGGUCGACGACACUUUGAAGACUCAAAUGAACAACUUUUUGCUAAGCACAGCCAGUCAGCAAGAGAUUCAAGGACUAGAUUCGAAGAUCCAUGAAACUGUUGAAACUAUCAACCAACUGAAAACCAAUCGAGAAUUUUUCCUGAGCUUCGCUAAGGAUCCGCAACAGUUCAUCCACAAGUGGAUCGUAUCACAAACUCGGGAUCUCAAGACGAUGACAGAUGUUGUUGGAAACCCAGAAGAAGAAAGAAGAUCAGACUUUUUCUACCAACCGUGGGCUCAAGAAGCAGUCUGUAGGUACUUCUACACGAAAGUGCAACAGAAAAGGGCUGAACUGGAACAAGCACUUGGCAUCAGGAACAGCUAAAUAAUAUAAAGCACAAGAACAAGAUGAUUUUUUCGUGUAUUUCUUAUUUGUAGUAUGAAUCACUCAAUAUUCAUGUUAUUACAUGUUAUACAAGUAUAUUGUUUUAGAAUUCCCAUCCAAAUAAAAAAAAAACUAUAGCUGUUUUGCGAAUAACAUAAAUUACUGCAAAUAUUGACAAAUAAAAUACGGC